AUGAAGUAUCUCUUGUGCCUGUGUUUACUCCUUGCUGUCCUUUGUGCCGCAACCCAUUACCACCGAGAAGACAUUUGCCAUGAAGUCAAUAAUACUAAUCUGCACGAUGGAACAGAAAAUUUAUUAACACAUAACUGUGACAAGCAAGGCUCUAACUAUGCAGAUUUUGUAUUUAGAUUUUACAAGCAGGCUAUAUCAAAAAAAGCUGAUGAAAAUGUUUUCUUUUCUCCCAUGAGCAUCUCCACUGCCUUUGCCAUGCUGGCUGUUGGUGCUAAGUCAACCACCCUGUCUCAGAUUUUUGAAAGUCUGGGCUUUGACGAUCUCACUGAGACUCGCAUACAUGAUAUACAUGAAAGUUUUCAUAAAGUUUUAGCAGUACUGAACUGUACUGAUGUUAACAUCACAUUAAGUAUAGGGAAUCUCCUUUUUACAGCUAUUGGGUAUGAACCACAGGAGACAUUUUUACAAAAUACCAAACAAUUUUAUGAUGCAGAAUUUUUUUCUAGCAAUUUCCAUAAACCAGAAGAAGCUAAGAAGCAAAUAAAUAAAUAUGUAGAGGCCAAAACCAAGGGUAAAAUUCCUGAAUUAAUUGGUCAUCUUGAUGCAAGUACUGUAUUGGUUCUUGUUAACUACAUUUAUUUUAAAGCUGCCUGGGCAAAGUCUUUUGAUCCUUUGCGUACAUAUGAGGAUGAUUUUUUUGUGAACAAAAAUGCACCUGUUAGAGUCAACAUGAUGCAGCGUGACAGUAACUAUGACAGUUACUACGACCAGGAUCUCUCUUGCGAGGUGGUAGAGCUGCCUUACCAGGGCACUGCACGAGCAUUGCUCAUUCUGCCUGAUGAUGGAAAGAUGAAGCAAGUGGAAGAUGCUCUCUCCAAGGAAACUGUUUGUAAAUGGGAUAACAAACUUGAGACCAGGAGAUUAAAUCUGCAGUUACCAAAGAUUUCUAUUAGUGGGUCUUACGAUCUUAAAAAACUGUUCAUGGAAAUGGGCAUGACUGAAGUAUUCUCUAGUAAUGCUGACCUGUCUGGAAUUAGUGGCAGCCACAGUCUACAGGUUUCACAAGCACUUCACAAGGCCCUGCUGGAAAUUGAUGAGGCUGGAACUGAGGCUGCAGGAGCCACAGCCAUAAUCCUUACCAGAGUUCUUCAUCCUUCUGUUACCAUAAAAUUCAACAGGCCCUUCAUUAUAUUGAUUUCUGACAAAGCAACCAGCACUACACUUUUCAUGGGGAAAAUUGUCGAUCCUACUAAGAAGUAA